AUGGAGGUUUGCUGCUGCUUCAGCGUCGGAGCUGCAGCUCUCUACGUCCUCACUCUACUCUGGAGGUACAGACAGGACUGCCAUGCUGGGUGCAGGCUGGGGGCACUGGUCGGGGCCCUGGGGGCUUCUCUGUGUUUCACUGUUUCUCCAGUUCUGUGUGGGGGGGUCCUCCUCACCUGCAGCCUCCAUCUGAUCUGUGUGAGCAGGAGAAAUGAGCUGCUGCCAGCGAAGAGCAGAGCGGUGCUGAUCACAGGGUGUGACUCUGGUUUUGGCCACGCCCUUGCGGAGCAGCUCAGUGAGAUGGGGGUGCAGGUGUUUGCAGGUAUGCUGGAUGUGAACGGAGGCGGAGCUCAGCGACUCAGAGAGCGAGGAUCUGAGAACCUGCAGGUGCUGCAGCUGGACGUGACCGACAGCACCCAGGUAGAGACGGUUCACAGGUACAUCUGCACUCAGGUGGGACACACAGGUCUGUGGGGUCUGGUGAAUAACGCAGGGAUCCUUCACUGCCCGGCGGAUGCAGAGCUCCAGCCCAUGGUGGCAUGCAGACGCUGUAUGGAGGUCAACUUCCUGUCAGCUGUCAACAUGUGUCAGGUCUUCCUCCCUCUCCUGAGAUGCUCCAGAGGACGCAUCGUCAAUGUGUCCAGCAUGGCAGGUGAGGUACCGAUGCCUCUGUUUGCUUCUUACGGAGCGUCUAAAGCGGCUCUAAGGGUUUUCUCUGAGGUGCUGAGGAUGGAGUUAUCAGUGUGGGGGGUCAAAGUGUCCGUGAUCCAACCUGCAGGCUUCAGAACAAAUAUCUUUGGGACCAAUGACGACGCCCGUCGCUACAGAGAUGAGAUCCUCGCCGCUCUGUCCUCUGAGGCCAGAGAGGAUUAUGGGGAGGCGUAUGUCUCAUCCCUUCCCAGCAGUCUGUCCAGGAUGUCCCAGCAGUGUGCGGAGGACCUGUCCCCCGUGGUGGACGAGAUGUGUCACGCUCUGCUGUCGGUCUGUCCCAGACCCCUGUACACCCCCGGACAGAUGGGGUGGCUGCUGCCGUUCCUCCACCGUCACUGUCCCACCGCCGUGUUCGACCUCAUCGCCAUGACCUUCCUCAAACACACUGAGUGUGAACCAGCAGGACUGAGGGGGGGCGGACACAGCUGACCAGAGUCCAUGUUCUGAUCACCAUCCAGGUGGUCUCAGAUGUCUGCAGGACCAGAACCACCCCACACAGACCUGAGCCGGAGUCUGGUACAGUCAGUAGAUUUUACACAGUAGAAAUCCUGUGUUCAGAUACAAACAGGAUGUGGAACAUGCAUUCUAUCAAAAUAAAAGUAGUCAUCGUGUCAGAUCAGACUGAGACCGGCUGCUGCUGAACACAGAUCAAACACUGACGACACACACAGAGAAAAUCUGGUUUGUUGCAUCAGUUUCAAAGACUUGCAGCUGGAGUUUCCUACAGGACUUGAAUGCACCGGCGCUGAUGAUGUGACUGUUGUUCUUGUAUGAAAAGUUCCAUGAAGAAACAUUUUCAGACCUGCUGCUGCUAAAUGAGUGUGAUGUGACGAUACAAUAAUAUGCUAACAGAGAUGCUAAGCUAAAGAUCAUUGAUCUGGACAAACCAACAGAAAACUCGUUCACAUUAAAUUGUUUUUCAAAGGAAUCUUUUUUGUCUUUUCUUUUACUAAGUGAAAACG